UGAAUUUUAAUUACGAAGAUUAGAGCUCCUAUUAGAAGUUUUUUAAUAACAUCAGUAAAAAAAUGUUUUAUGCAUUAUAGCAUAAACCUGCGAGUUCAUUCUGAUGAUGUUUUAUAAAAUGCAAAGUCAUAAAUGACAGAGAGAAAAAGAGGUAGAAGAAAACUGAGACGAGUGAAUGGCUAGCGAUUGACUAUGGAUUCGCCAUUCUGUAAAUACUGCAAGCAAAUCUACAGUAAAAUCAACGAACCAAUUUAUAUCGUGUGUUUGUGUGAGGAGAGAUUAACGUAUGCACAUAGGAGUUGUUUUCGUGAUUGGUUGAAACAACACAAGUAUGGAGUUUGCGAAAGCUGUUUAACAAGAACAAGAAUUAUUUCUGAUGGAUUUAAACCGUUAAAACAGGUCAAACUACCUAGCACUAACAAAAAAGUCGUCCUUUCAACCCUAUCUAUUAUUUUGUGGUUUGUUGCUCUACUUGGUUUCUUAAUAUGGAUGUUAAUCGACCAAUGUUGGCAAGCAUACUGUAUUGUAGUGAUAUCACUUUGUCUUGUGUUCUUGAUCUUAUCAUUUCUCUCGUGUUGUGCAGUAAAAACUACAAGAGAGUUUUGGGAAGAAUUCAUGGUCGUCAAUCGCUAUUGGAAAAUAGUUUACUGUCGAGAAACAAAAGUGGGCAAGAAGACAGUGAGGAGAUACAGCGAGGUCCCCCAUAAAAUCCCUUGGGAAUCACCCCCUGUCAGUGUAUACAACGAUAACUUAAGCGAUGUUGGUGUUGAUCAUCAGAAAGAACAUGAUGGAAAUAAAGAUACCGACGGAAGAGAUCCAAACGAGGAAGAGUCAGGGACUAGCUUUCCUAGUAUUUGGACACCUAGAGAAUAUCCCUACGUGAAAAGGAACCCAGUAUAUUCGAGAGACACUUUAGAAAGAAACAAAAUCAACUCGAUCAGACAUUCUAGUUUUAAAAACACGCUAAACCGCGACCAAAGUUUUUCAACAAGAUACCCACAGAAUGAACCAAUUAAUGACAUUUCGGCGGGAAAAAAUGAUGCCUCGAUUAGUUAUUUUAAAGAUGAAUACAUUGACCAUGACAACAAUAUCAUAAUAAACAUGACGUUCGAAAGGAAUGAUUAUGUUGACGAUAAAGAUGCGAAAAAUAAUGUCACUUCAGGUGACAAUGAAGACAGCGAACACAGAGAAGACAAAGCGUCAGACAGUGAGAGUGAUGACAACAAUACGGUGCUCAAUAAUCGUGGCGAGAAAGUUGUUGACACAAAAGCAGCUGUAGCCAAGGAUGAUGACGAACUAAUAGAUACUAUCGUAAGAGAUGGAAAUAAAGAGUUAAGUUACAUAGAUUCAAGAGCUGACUCCUUCUAUAAACCAAACAGUUAUGAAGAAAUCGACAUAGAAGAAUUACGAAAUAACCUAAAAAGUCACCGUCGCCAAUAUGCUGUCAGUCAAUAUAAUUUAAAUCGCCAUUAUAGUAAUGCAGGAUACGGCAAAUUCGACGCGAUACAACGAGCGCGCUCAGAACCAAACGUAAGUAACUCUAGAAACCGAGGACGCUUUAGUAAGUAUUUUAAAGACGACGACGGUAGUGAUGACGAAAACGUUAAUAGCAAAAAACGAGCGUCGUCAAAUCUAUCUAUCAAUGGACCUUUCGGUAUACUGAAAGGCUUAAUCCGAAGUGCCUCGAAAAAAGAAAGCAAAAACGAGGUCCUAAUGCCGAACUCGCAAGAUGUUGUAUACAGAGCACUAAAUGCUGAUUCAUCAUUGGCACAAGGUGAUUUCGACCUUGAAAGGGAAGGAUUUAGAAACAAUUUGGGUCCUUCAAAUGGACCACACUCUCUACAAGGCAGUCUAAGCAUGCCAUCACACGCUAAUUAUCCGGAACAGCCAAACCUUUUCGAAAAACGAUUUAAUUUAUUCACCUCUAAUUUUCAUGAGAGUUUUACUCCAGAACCUACACGAAACGAGAAAGCAUCAUCUCAAAAUUUAUCGAAAGAAGAUGAAAGCCUUCACGAGAAAAAUCUUAAUACUGAUGCAGCAAAUCCUGAAGAAAUUCAUCGAAUUUUGUCGACGCCGUUACACGAGUUGGACGUGAGUGAGUUAUUUGACGUAGACGCGCCGACUGUAAAGAAGCAACGGGCAUCUUUAUUUCAAGGUGACGACAAAACAAGUCUAUUCUAUGCGCCAUCUUAGAUGAAACAAUUUGAAACAAUCAUAAAAUUUACGAAUUAAUAUAUAUGUCUAUAAAUAUGCAGCGCACAAAUCAUAUCUGCUUCUUGUUUUUAUUUAGCCUUUCUUUCUAUCUUUGUUAUAUUCUUCUUUUUAUUUCAUUAUAUAUUGUUUUGUCUUACGUUUAUGGCGUACUUACUGUGCUUUUAUCGGAAGAUAAAGUCAAGAUUUAAGCUGAGUAAAAUGAAGAAAAUCUUAAAAAAUUAUUUCGUAUUAUUCUACAUUAGUAAGCAAUAGAAAGCACGGUGAAAUCCGCAUAAACAACCAUUACACUUUAAACCUCCAUCCCAAGGGUUAAACCAAAAAAUUCAGGACUGAAAUGGCCACUAUGGGCUAGUGGAAUGUGAAGGUGGAUUUGAGAGGUAAUUCUUGUGUUCUAAAUUCAGGUGUUCAAUACACAAAAAAAAAGGA